AUGACGCUUACUAGUAUUGCAGAUACAGCUGAGGCAAAUACUCAAGCUGGACAAAACUCGAGAACUACGAGUGAUAAACCUACUGCCAUCCUAAGGACCUCCCAGUGGAGGUUCAUCCAUUUCGCUGGAGUAGGAAGUGGACUUGGAAGUGGAGCUGGAGGCAGUGGAGGAUUUGGUGGUGGAACAACGGGAGGGUUUGGCGGUGGAGCUCCUGGUUCCGGUAGUGGCGGCUUCGGCAGUGGAACUUCGGUGCUGGUGGUUUUGGAGCUGGAGCUCGGAGGUGGAGCUCCUGGUUCAGGCAGUGGAGGAUUCGGAGGUGGAGCUUCUGGUUCAGGCAGUGGAGGAUUCGGAGGUGGAGCAACGGGAGGAUUUGGGGGUGGGGCUCCUGGUUCCGGUAGUGGCGGCUUCGGCAGUGGAGCCACCGGAGGAUUUGGUGGUGGAGCUCCUGGCGCUGGAGCCACUGGAGGAUUCGGCGGUUCCUCGGGAGGCUUCGGUGCUGGAGCUGGAGCUUCAGGUCCUUUCAUUCCCAUCAUUACCGACGAACGCCAAGGUCCCGAUGAGUUCGGAAACUACAACUUCAACUUCGAAACUGCAAACGGCAUCAUUCGUCAGGAACAAGGAGCCCCACAAGGAGAAACUGGAGCCGUAGCACAGCAGGGUUCUUGGUCGUAA